UCCCAAUGGAGGGGAUUGCACACGUCCUGACUACUGCAGCAACUGUAACCGAGGCUUCUACUCUCCACGAUGUAAUCGAUGUACAGCUAUUUCAAAUUGCCUUGAAGUGUUCUGCAGCACGUCUUCUGACCAGAAAUGUGACCGAUGUGAUGGUGACUAUGGCAUGAGUGAUGACAAGAGACAAUGCAUAAGAUGUACAGCUAUCGCAAAUUGCCUUGAAGUGUUCUGCAGCACAUCUUCAAACCAGAAAUGUUACCGAUGUGAUGGUGACUAUGGCUCAGCGCGUGGAUCAGCCUAUAAGAAGAGUGAUGACAUGAGACAAUGCAUAAAGCAAUGUUCAUGGAGGAGUAACAGCAAUGCCUGCUUCCCAGGAUCCUGCACAAACGGCCAGUGCAGAUGCAGCAGUGGCUUCUCAGGAACUGACUGCAGAACAUUGGGCAGCAGUCAAGCACCAGUCUUAUCAGAGCACCGUGCCACUUUGGUCAAGGGGAAAACAACUAGGGAAUCUCCCUCUGUCCAGGGCAGUACAGACACUGUCUACACCAACGUACGAGACUUCACAAGCAUCAGAGCCAACUGGAAAAGUUCUUACCAGCCUACGGGACUACCAGCCUAUAGUGGCGGUGGACAUCCAUACAUUCAAAGCAUUCGGUUUGGUGUUGUAGGUGCUAGAGUGACCGCUGCUGUGAAUCGGGGUUACCGUAUGAUAUAUUCAGUGGGCUCGCAGGCUUGUACAACAUCGACAACUCGUAAUUCUUUCAAUCAAAACAAUCCGGCAACAUACCUGGUAUCCUGUCAAGUGACAUUCAACUUGAACUACAACUCCUGGACACCAGCUACAGGAGAUGUCCUGAGGUAUGAUGUAUAUUCCACAAGUGGCGGGUACAUGAAACUCUAUGACAGGGACCAUUCAAACAGCAUCAUCACACGACACUACAAUGGCAGGACAACCUCCGGCUAUUCAACUUUCACCUUUGACUUCGAUGACCCCUACCACUGUGUGGAUGUUGGCAGUGGAUGUAGAACCACUAUGCUGUAUGCAGGGAAUGAUGUUACAUCACAGGCAGAGAUAAUUGUCACCUGGCAAGGCUGGGCAGACAGUCUCGCUGGCAUCAAGGAGUACGAGCUGCAAGUACGUCAGCUAUCUGGUAGCCAUGGCAAUCAGAUGACGGAAGUCUUUGACAGUCCAGCCGUUUAUAGUGGAGUGACCGACUCUAGUCAGAACAUCACUUUGCCCCAUGUUGGUGUGUACUCCAUCGUCCUGAGUGUUUUUGACAAUACGGGCAAUGUCGGACUCAGCAGACGCUUUGUGUUCUUUGAUGACGAUCCACAAGAUGUCACCCUUCAGGAUGAUUCCUCUCUGCGCGUUGUCUCCGCGACUGCAGAAACCAACUACGAGUGGAUGACCAGUCUAGACUCAAGCGGAGGGAUGACAUCCGUGCAGCUUGAUUGGACGAACCGAUUUAUGAAUGCACCUCAUCACAACCAAGGAUUGUUGAAACCAAUUGGCUCCUAUGUUGCUGGUACCAUCGAUUCUGAUUAUGACCAGAACUUUGGGCUGCGUGGCCGUGCAGACAUCCCUAACUCCCUCGGUGUGACAGAAUUCCGCGUCGUACACGACAUCGACCACAGCGGUGGCAGAACCACUGUCAUCGUGAGUGACGACAACUCGGACCACUGGAGUAGUGAAGGCACAAACACACAGGCGACCUAUGACCUGACCCUUGUUGAUGGUGAUUCCAUUCGGUUCUGGGUGGAGGCCAGGGAUUUGGCUGGUCACUUUGUGAGAGACAGUGUGUUGGUGCACGCUGAUUCAUCCCCGCCUGUGAUUGAAGACUUCUGGCUGGUACGGGAUGGGGAGGUGAAUCUAGCCGUUCAUAAUUCAAAGGAUCUGGAUAAGAUGAGUGUUGAAUUCAGGACAUAUGACAUUCACAGUGGUAUACAAACCAUCGAGUGGCGUCUCUUUGACAACCACACUGGCACAGAGAUGGCACAUGGCAGCCGGAAUUUGGCGGCCAUGAAAAUCAACAACACGGACACUGAGAAAUGUGAUCCUGUCAGCUGUAUGUGUGUCCCACUUGGUGAUUGUUAUGCUGUAGACUAUGGCUUCCAUCCAACAAUGCACAUUGGUACCCAUGACUAUGAUUACUACAUCACCCUGACGGUGACCAACCAAGCAAGUCUAGCAACUACUCAGACAAUCAAGAUAACGGUGGAUGCCUCUGCUCCUCAAGCUGGUGUGGUGCAUGAUGGGAUACCUGGGUCCAAUGAGAUAGACUAUCAGGAGGGCAGUGACCUCUCGGCUCAUUGGGAGGGCUUCUUUGACAAGGAGAGUGGGGUCAAGUUCUAUCAGUAUCUGUUUGAUGACUCCUGCAGGACCGGCAAUACAACAGUCGGCAGUGCCAGCAAUGAUAUGACAAGGACAACCUCCACAUAUGCCAGUUGGACAGCCCCCUCGCCUGGCCAGUAUUACAUCACUGUCAUCGCUUACAACCGUGCCCUGGACCCCUCGAAGGCCGUCUGUUCUGACGGUGUCGUCAUCGAUACCAGCCCUCCAGAGCUGACCCAGAUUGCUAUCAGCUAUGCUCGGAUGUGGCCUGGUCUGGCCAAGGAUGCUGAGGGUCGGGUGUGGUUCAUCAAUGAGCAUCGCCGGAAGAUGGAGCUGAUGAAUGCGUCCAGAGACUGCAGUUCCAUGGCCGCUCUGGUAGAUGAUUUGUCAGUUUAUCCUGAGAUAGCUGGUAGCAAUGACUCUUCAGCAAUACUACAAGGAGACCUAGACUGUGUCUGGAUUUCGCCCAUUGAGCAGAAGUUCUUCCUUCCGAUAGACAAACAUUUGACCAUCUCAUGGACUGGAGGAAUCGAUACAGAGAGCUCCAUCUAUGACUAUGAGAUAGGUCUGAGCAGUGACCCCUCAAACCCGACCCCUGACCUGGUGACCUUCAUGUCAACAUCAGGUCAUGAUCACUUUGUGAUGUACCAUCCUCAUAUCAGCCAGGGAGCUGUGUUCUUUCUGGUUCUGAAGGCCAUCAACAAGGCUCAGCUAUCUACCUUCAAGGUGGUUGGUCCAAUAGUAGUGGAUACCACUCCGCCCAUGUUUGUUGGGCGUGUCUCUGUCCAUGUGGAGGAUGAAUACUUGAUUGCUGAAUGGGGAGAUGAUGGCUUCAUUGAUGAUGAGGAUACCAGCCUGAGAUACCAAGUUGCCAUUGGGGGUAGCCCAGGUGGCACUAAAACUCUUGAUUUCCAGAAGGAGAAAGCCUACAGAAUUGGUCCUUGUUUGUCCCAAACAUCAUGUGCUGCAUUCUCAUUGGCUGACCUAGACUGGCAUCUCCAUGGAGAUCGUGACUACUACGUGUCAGUCAGAGCUCAGAAUGGUGCUGGGUUAGCUACAGUGGGGACCUCAUCCGUUUAUAGACACAUCGUGCAGUUACCAUCUCUGGGUGUUGUAUUGGAUGUUGCACCCCCUGGCGAAGAGGUGCAUGUGGAUUUGGGGGUGGCCAAAGACAUUGAUGUUCAGAUGAGCACCGCAAGCAUCUCAGCUCGUUGGUUUGGUUUUGAGCAUCUUCAUCUUGAUAUCAACUAUGAGAUUGCAAUCGGAUCAGAAGGAGGUGCUUCUGAUGUCAGCGAUGGUUUCACUGAUGUGGGCAAUGCAACCUUCUAUCGACUGGAUGGACUAGAUCUCAUUCCACUUAUGACCUAUUAUGUGACCAUCCGUGCUAACUCUGAAGCUGGUAGUGUCAAUGUUACCUCAGACGGUGUCAAAGUCAUUCAGGAGGGUCAGGUACUGAAGGGAGCUGUGAUCAAAGAUGGACUCGGCUGUGAUCAAGAUGAAACGUCUACGCCACCAGGAUUAUCCCAUCACUCAUCUGCUGCUCAGCAACCCUGUGAGGAUGACAUCACCUACCAGUCUUCUACCUCAGACAUCUCAGCUCGUUGGACAAUCCCUGAGAUGCUGCAACCCUUUGUGACUGGCGUCUUCUGGGCAGUUGAACAAGAAAUCGAAAUAUACUUUGAUGAUGAGAACACUACGAGGGAAUGGAUCCCAGUGGUUGAUGAUCAAGAUCUUGGCAUGGCAUUCCAACAUGUUGGAGCUGGGGUUGGGUUGCAUGGUGGAGGUCAUUACAGAUCAAAGGUUCAGUUUUGCCACGUUAACGUUUGCUUCAAACCCGUCGUCACUGAUGGAUUCUGGGUAUUAUCCCAACCUCCUGAGGUCGGUCAGGUCACAGUCAGCGACGUUGAAGCUACGCCAGGCGGGACGGAGAUCCGUGUGGUCUUCCAGCCUUUUGCCCACGGUUACGUCCGUCACGACGACCCGCGGGAACUGAUGGAUUUCUAUGAGUGGAGCAUUGCUGAGGAUGGUAGCGAUGGAGCCUUGCUGAGUCAGUGGACAAGAAUCCAAGAUUUGGUGGUUACUGGGGACGUGGCACGCUUUACAGCAUCAUACAGUGGAUCCUUAGACCUAGAUGUCUGUCUGCAGUUAUCAGUGAGAGGCUACAAUAAGGCUGGUCUGUCAUCCAUUGCUAGCACUGAGAUUGUGGACUGUGAUAACGUGAAGCUGAUUGUCCCCCAUACUGUCAUUGAUGCUGAUCACGAAGUCAACAUGGAGCAGAAUGCUAUGUGGCCGGAACCAGACAAGAACUACAUCUCAUCUACGUCCUCAUUAUCCGCAGUCUGGCCCACAUUACGCCACAGGGACUACGUCUGGGCAGCCAUUGAAGACACUGGAUCCUUUGGAAACUUGGAUGAUGGUCUGCAGUUUCCUUGUGAUCACCCGAGGAGCAUCACCUGUGGGAAUACCAAUAAAGAGUUUGUUAACGUUCCUGGUUUGGUCCUGCAUCAUGGCAAGCGUUAUCGCAUUUGCAUCCAUGCUGAUGAAGUGACAUUAGAGCAUGAGCUUUGGAAUGAACUGUUGCCUGCUGUGUCCAGCUGUAGCGAUGGUGUUGUCAUAGAUACGACCCCACCGACCCCUGGCUCUGUAUGGAUUGGAUGGAACCAGCAUCAAACCUAUCAAAGUUCCAGCUCAGAGUUAGUCCUACAAUGGGAGUCCUUCACUGACAUUGAGGAACAUGGUUUGGCUAGUCAUCACUCAGGGGUCAAGUACUAUGAAUAUGCCAUUGGUUCGAUGCGAGGUGGCAGUGAUGUGGUAGAAUUCACUCGUGUUGGAAUCACUAACAGCGUUAUCGUACACAACUUGAGAUUACAGAAUGGACACACAUACUAUGCCACUGUUAGAGCGACUGAUUUUGUUGGUCUGUCAUCACACGCCAUGUCAGACUCAAUCACCAUUGAUAUGUCGCCUCCUGUCUUCAGUGCUGAUCACUCACUGGACAUUGGAGGCAGCUUCAUCCGGUCUACAACUUCCAUCUCAGCAAGUUGGAAGAAUGUCUUCUCAGACAAGGAGAGUGGUGUAGCAUAUUAUGAGUGGGCUGUGGGUUCACAUCCAGGUCAUGCAGACUUCAUGCCAUUUACUAGAGAGAAUACAGAGAUAGGAGUCAGUGACCCUUCACGACCUUUGCACCUUCAUGAAGGUCACUCAUACUUCAUUUCUGUGAAGGCCAUCAAUACUGCAGACCUGAUCACACUGAAGAGUUAUGGAGCAUUUACAGUGGAUGCAAGCCCGCCAUUGGCUGGCCAUGUCUUUGAUGGGAACCCAGCGGAUGCCCCGGCCAAUCACAGAGACCGAGACUUCCAGGAGGAUCGCAGAGUGAUCAGGGCAUUCUGGGAAGGGAUUCAUGACCCGCACAGCGCUAUUGUUGGUUAUUCCUGGAGAGCUGGGAUGUGUCCAGGGUGUAGCAAUGUUGUGACUGAGCAGCAUGUGGGAUUGGACACUGAUGUCCUUGCUGAAAACCUGAACCUAGUGCCAGGUCUGACCUACUACGUGACAGUGACGGCUUGCAAUGCUGCUGACCUUUGUACCUCAGUGACGUCUGAUGGGGUCACGGUGGAUGACUCUCCCCCAUUGCAGGGGCGUGUCAAUGAUGGUGGUCCUGGGGGUGGUGAUAUCAGCUUCCAAUCGUCAAGGCGUCAGUUGCGAGCCCAUUGGUGGGGCUUCCAUGAUCCUCACUCGGGCCUCUCCCACUACGAAUGGCGCGCCGGCACGACACCAGGAGCUGCAGACAUUCUCCCCUCUACACGCAUUGAGCUGUCAGAAGAUGCUCUGAUAUUCCUGUCAGCAGCUGACCAGAUGCCAGCUGGCACUGAUAUCUACAUCACAGUCCGUGCCUUUAACCGGCUUGGUAUGUGGAGUCGGGCUACAUCUAAUGGGUUCCGUGUGGACUCUAGCCCUCCUGAUGUAGUGGAUGCACCCGCUGUGGAUGUGACUCAGGGGAUGGCUGUCAGAAACACUCAAGUUCUGCGGGAUCUGAUUCACUUUUCCUGGAAGUUCAGUGACCCUGAAAGUGGUAUUAAAGACCAGUACGUAUCAGUCAGCACACAUCACAAUGGAGAUGUGAAUAUUCCAUCAAUAAAGAUUGCAGGGAGUGAGUUGGACUACACCUUCACCAAUCUGACAUUACAUGAAGGCAGUCGUUACAUCGUUACCGUAGUGGCUUGUAACUUUGCUGGUCUCUGCACUCAGGCCAAUACGGAAUCCUUUUUGGUUGAUGGCAGCCCACCUUCUGUUGUGACUUUUGCCAUUGGCACAGAGAGUGCUGCUAACUUGCAGCGUCAUCACAUCAUCUGGAUUGAUCCAACUGAACCGGCUGAAACUCCUGAUGGAACAGACUACGCCACCGACUCAAUCAGCUCUACCACGGAGAGUCCACCGACCACCCCAUCUCCUCCACGCUACCACUCUGGCUGGAUGACGUGGCUUGAAGACCCCCGUACAUCCCUGGGUUCCUUAGCCCUUGCCUGGCUGGGAUUUGCUGAUGUACACUCUGGUAUCAGCCACUACUUGGUCUCUGCCGGACGCACGUACAGCGGCUCUGAACUCACUCCGAAUGGACCGGUUCGUGUAAACCACAGCAAUGACGGCAUGUCAUUGGAUGAAGGCAUCGCACAGACAGCCAUCAUACCACUAGAGGGCAGUAUAACAGACCCAUCUCAUCUGUAUCUCUGCAUCUCCAUCUGGGCUGUUAAUGGGGUUGGGAUACCAAGCAGCCGCCAUCAUUCCACUUUCGAAGCCACUCCUACUCUACCAGACGAGGGCUCCCUUGUCCUGCUGCGACGCUGCUUCCCUACAACAUGCAAGGGCCAUUGUGCGUGUGCACCCAUUGAUAAAGCAUGUAAUCCAGACCAGUCUUGCACUGAUGUCACUCACAGUAACCCCAACACUGAGAUAGAAGUUUUGGAUGUAUUGGAUCUGAUGAAUGAUGAUAUCAAUAAUGUGAUUGAUAUUGAUGAUACCGCCACUCAGUCUAUGGCUGCUGCAGUAUGGCGAGUCACUGAGCAGAAAGGACUGGAUAUUAAGUGGUUCGAAUGGAGCAUUGGUGAUGACUCUUCAUCAGAUCCUGUGGGAAUCUUUGAUCCAGUUCAGGAUAGGUUAUGGUAUGAUAUUGGACAAAACAACCAAACUAUCAUCACACUGGAUGAAGAUCACAAGAUGGAGAAGGGAGUCACAUAUCAUGUGUUCAUCAGGGCCUGGUAUAAUCCUACUACAUACGCAGUGUUCAGAUCAGAUGGCAUCACCCCGGAUAUCACACCACCAAAAAUAUCAACAGUCAGAGGUGCAAAGAUAAAAGAUCUUGCCAGAUUUUAUGCCAGGAAAGACACUGAUUACUUGACGGAUCCUAACGUCCUCUUUAUCUCCUGGAAGAGAGUGUUUUUAGACGACGCGAUGUCCCACUACCAGGUGUCUCUGAGUACCUACCCAGGAGGUGAAGAUAUUCGUCAGUUUGCUGACCACACCUUCCCGGCCAGUGUGUCCUCCACACAGUUCACCAAUCUGAAUCUAAAGAGUGGACUGCGAUACUACAGCAACGUACGAGCAUUCAACAAAGCUGGUCUGCACACGCUGAAAAGCAGUGAUGGCUUUGUGGUGGACACAAGGAGGCCAGAUGCAGGCCUUGUGUUUGAUUGUUAGUUUCUUGAUUUCUUUAUGCCAAUCUCUGGGGUUAGAACAUUUAAGGUGUCUCACGCUCUUUUUGUAGAAUUCUCGUUUCGAUUGUUUUAUAAGUCUUGAAACCUUGUUACGCAGGAAUCUCCAAAGGUAAGUUUUGCCAUCCACAUUAAACUUAUAGGUGCAAUACCGUUCUUUGGCACAAUUAAGGCUCGGGUCACCGAGAAAUGGCGUUUUGACGAAUAAAUAUGAUAAAUAACGGCAACAAGGAAAUACAAAGUUCAUUGACCUCUUCGAGGGCAUCACUACCUCAAAUAUGAUGUCCCCACAUCUGAACAUUCUUUUCAUGGCACAAAUGUUGGACUUGGGUCAUACGAUUGUGUAAAUCGUGUUAAUAUCCAUAGGUAGGCUUUGGUUUUACAAAGGUCAUGACCUCUCGUAAGGUCACCUGUGGUUAAAUAUAAAAUACCCUAUAUAUGAAAAUUCCCUUUAUAGCAUGAAUGUCUUUCAUUUAGACUUGAAUCGUGAAAAAGCUGGGGUUCUAAGAAUAAAUCUUACAAAUAUCUAUAAACAGGUUUACAAAGGUCAUUUACCUCUCAAAGGUCACCAGAGGUCAGAUAUGAAAUGUUCCCACAUCUGAUCAUUAUUUUCAUUGUAUGAAGACUUCUGGACCUGGAUCAAUACUGCAAGCUAUCUCCCGUUAUGUGAUGUAUAUGUUGCAGGCUUAUGACAUAGACUUAGGUCAUAGGAAAGUGAAGUUUUGAAGAACAAACGUUAUGAAUAGAGUGUAAAGUUCAUUGACCUCUCAAAGAUCACCAGAGGUCAAAUAUGAAAUGCCUGUAUAUCUGAAAAUUUUCUUCAUGGCAUGAAGAACCAACGUGCGAAGUUUCAUGCUUUUAUCACAAUUUGCACAAUCCUUUAGCAUAUCGGGGCUAUGCCGCGCCACUAUCGGUUCUUUGUUAAAAAAAGUUUUCCAUGAGAAAUGUCGGAAAUGUAAAAAAUAAAAUAAAAGCCCUGAAUUCAUACACAGUCAUAAUAAAAUAAAACAGGACGUGUCAAAAAGUAACCACUAUGCACUGCAGACUGUCAGAUUGGUUCUGUUUAACCGAUGAGAUUACCUUUGUGCUGGUCCCAGAGGGCCAACCUACAGUCCUCUUUGUACCUAUCUCACUGACUCACUGACGGACUGGCACCUGUGAAUACGAUUUGUUAAAGCCUCACCUUGGCCCCCAAAUAAUAUCACUCAGAUGACUACUUUGAAUACUUCUACCAAGUUUAAGGGACGAGCUAAAGGGGGCUUGCCAGCUGUCUUGUUUAUUAUUUCCUCGUCUUAACAUUUAAUAUUAUAGACAAAAAGAGCUUCACUUUGUAGCAAUGUAUAACCAAAGCUGCUGUAAAUAUAACUGCGUGGUUAAGUAACUUUCUUGACAAAGAGGAUUUCGAAACAGUUGCAGGAUAAUUCUGCCAGAAUGGGACGCACUGAAUUCAUGUUCAGUUGUAUGUACUUAAUAGGUAUUAGUGUCGAAGCAUGUAAAAGCUGUUCGUGUACAAUGUACGCAUGAACGGUGGAUUCGCAAGGACAUACACGCAAAAUCAUGAUUUGUUUUUGAAAUUUCUUCCCCCUUUGGCAUGUAAUUUUUAAAAUUAUCAAAACAUCUAUUCAAGCAAAACAUGUAACGUAUACGUUUCAUAAAAAAGCGAAAGUUUAAAAUA